AUGUACCAGGGAUUUCAGCACAUCAACAAAGGUCUUAGAGCCUGCGUAAGCAAGCUCCGGUCCCCUUCCUUCUGGCGGGGCUCCAGUCAGAGGCAGUACGGAGUAGUUGGUUCUGGUCGCUAUCCCACUUCGAAACUCGUGGGGACAUCAAGUAAAGAAGAAGCCGGGGCCCAGGCUCGGCGCGUUGUGGGACCGACGCGUCUCUCUCAAAAGUCUCCAGGCCGAUAUUGCCGCGGAUGCAAAAGUGGCCUCAGACCGAAAGGAAAAUCCCGCAUCCGUGGAUGGUUGCUUGAGUGGAGUGCCGACGAGUCGUUGAACGUUCCCCAUCGUCGGUGGCCUCGGCAACCCGCCAAGGUUCAGGCGCAGUGGCGUGGCGGAAAAAAAAAAUCUGUAUAG